GACGUGGGGCUGCCGCACGUGGGAGGCCGGGCCGGACCUGCCGCUGCCUCAUCCGCCGCCGUUUUCUCUUCCGUUAGGCCGCCUCCCGGCUCCCCGGCGCCCCGCCUCGCCCACCCCCAAACCGGAGGACGACGCGCCCGCCGCAGCCGCCUCUCGGCGCUCCCAUGAUCGUCAAGUGCCUUUCGGCUGUGCGAGGCCUCCACAGAGAGGAAGGGAGAGGGAUAGUUAGAAACAUCGAUGAGAAAAACAUCGAUCCACUGCCUCCUGCACACCCCCUACUGGAAAUGUGCCCGCAACCAAGAAUUGGUGGUUGCAGGAUUUUAUUCAGAAUGACUUUGGGGCGAGAAGUGAUGUCUCCUCUGCAGGCGAUGUCUUCCAGCACUGCGGCUGGCAGGAAUGUUUUAAGAUGGGAUCUUUCACCAGAACAAAUUAAAACAAGAACCGAGGAGCUCAUUGUGCAGACCAAACAGGUGUAUGAUGCUAUUGGAAUGCUUGACCUUGAGGAAGUAACUUAUGAGAACUGUUUGCAGGCACUGGCUGAUGUAGAGGUGAAAUACAUAGUGGAACGAACCAUGCUAGACUUUCCCCAGCACGUCUCCUCUGACAAAGAAGUACGAGCAGCAAGCACAGAAGCGGACAAAAGACUUUCUCGCUUUGAUAUCGAGAUGAGCAUGAGAGAAGAUAUAUUUCUGAGAAUUGUUCAUUUACAGGAAACCUGUGAUCUGGGGAAGAUAAAGCCUGAAGCCAGGCGAUACUUGGAAAAGUCAGUUAAAAUGGGGAAAAGAAAUGGGCUCCAUCUUCCAGAACAAGUCCAAAAUGAAAUCAAAGCAAUGAAGAAAAAAAUGAGUGAGCUGUGCAUUGACUUCAACAAAAACCUCAAUGAGGAUGAUACCUUCCUUAUAUUUUCCAAGGCUGAACUUGGUGCUCUUCCUGAUGAUUUCAUUGAUAGUUUAGAAAAGACAGAUGAUGACAAGUACAAAAUUACCUUAAAAUAUCCACACUAUUUUCCUGUCAUGAAGAAAUGUUGUAUCCCAGAAACCAGAAGGAAGAUGGAAAUGGCUUUUAAUACAAGGUGCAAAGAGGAAAACACCAAAAUUCUACAGCAGCUGCUCCCACUGCGGGCCAAAGUCGCCAAGCUACUCGGCUAUAGCACACAUGCUGACUUUGUCCUUGAAAUGAACACUGCCAAGAGCACAAGCCGUGUAACAGCCUUCCUAGAUGAUUUAAGCCAGAAAUUAAAACCUUUGGGUGAGGCAGAACGAGAAUUUAUUUUGAAUUUGAAGAAAAAGGAAUGUGAGGAAAGAGGUUUUGAAUAUGAUGGGAAAAUCAAUGCCUGGGAUCUGCAUUACUACAUGACUCAGACAGAAGAACUCAAGUACUCCAUAGACCAAGAGAUCCUCAAGGAAUACUUCCCAAUUGAGGUGGUCACCGAAGGCUUGCUCAACAUAUACCAGGAGUUGUUGGGACUCUCAUUCGAGCAAGUGGCAGGUGCUCAUGUGUGGAAUAAAAAUGUUACACUCUACACUGUGAAGGACAAAGCCACAGGAGAAGUAUUGGGACAGUUCUACUUGGACCUCUAUCCAAGGGAAGGGAAGUACAACCAUGCAGCGUGCUUUGGUCUCCAGCCUGGCUGCCUCCUCCCCGACGGGAGCCGCAUGAUGUCGGUGGCAGCCCUUGUGGUGAACUUCUCACAGCCCCUCGCAGGUCGUCCCUCUCUCCUGAGGCACGACGAGGUGAGGACUUACUUCCAUGAAUUCGGUCAUGUCAUGCAUCAGAUUUGUGCCCAGACUGAUUUUGCACGAUUUAGUGGAACAAAUGUGGAAACUGACUUUGUAGAAGUGCCAUCACAAAUGCUUGAAAAUUGGGUGUGGGACAUUGAUUCCCUCCGGAGACUGUCAAGGCAUUAUCAAGAUGGGAGGCCUAUUGGGGAUGAUCUGCUUGAAAAUCUUGUUGCUUCUAGACUGGUCAACACAGGUCUUCUGACCCUGCGCCAGAUUGUUUUGAGCAAAGUUGAUCAGUCUCUCCACACCAACACAUCGCUGGAUGCUGCAAGUGAAUAUGCCAAAUGCUGCACAGAAAUUUUAGGUGUUGAGGCUACUCCAGUUGACCCUACAGCAGCUUUGUGCCUGAGGCCACUUCAACAUCAACAAAAUCCUUUCGAAUGUAUCCCUAGAGGCACAAACAUGCCAGCUACUUUUGGACAUUUAGCAGGGGGAUAUGAUGGCCAAUAUUACGGAUAUCUUUGGAGUGAAGUAUUUUCCAUGGAUAUGUUUUACAGCUGUUUUAAAAAAGAAGGAAUAAUGAACCCAGAGGUUGGAAUGAAAUACAGAAACCUAAUCCUGAAACCCGGGGGAUCUCUGGACGGCAUGGACAUGCUCCAGAAUUUCUUGAAACGUGAGCCAAACCAAAAAGCGUUCCUAAUGAGCAGAGGCCUGCACGCUCCGUGAACUGGGCUCUCUGGUAGCAGUCCAUGUCUGGAGGACAAGUCGACAUCGCCUUGUGUGCUACUGGCCUGGAAACUGAAGGGAGUUUUGCAAAUGAAAAUGUAGAUUUCUAUUGACUGCCUUUUGUCUCUUGAUUUGAAGAAUUACACAGAUGUAAAUGGAAUUAUAAAUACGGUGACCUACGAAAAGACCCGUUCAAAAACAAUUGUACUAUAAAAUUUCAUAAAAAUAGAUUUGAUUUCUUUUUUUAUAAAAGUUUCAUAUGAAUGUAAUUUGAUUUUUUUACUCUUGUAUUCUAAAUAAUAUAAUGUAAGAGGGCUCAGAAUUCUUAAAUUGAAUCACAUACAUUAUAUAAUUUGAUCCUACUUAUAUCUUGCAGUUCUUGACUUGGGAUUUCUGGACAUAAGUGAAUCACCACAUUCCUCUGGUGAACAUUUUCUUGGAGCCCCACAUCCACUUUGACUCUUUGUGUCACAGUCAAGUGUGACCUCUUUGCCUACAUACCUCAGGGCCAGGGGAACAUGCCUCAGUAAUGCAUUUAUCUUUGUAUUUCAGGCCUCGUGAUUCCAAGUUUCUGCCACACUUAAAUUAUGUUCCUCUAUUUGGGUUUGUCUUUUCUGUCCAAAGUCCAGUCAGAGAAUACCAAACAGUUAUGAACUCUAGCCUUGUGUAGUUUGCAAAUUUUUGUACCUUGUUUAGAGGAUCUGGGGAGCUUGUAUUAGAGUUCAUUUUCACUUCGGUGUACAAGAUUGUCAGUCUUUUGGCACUGUAGCCAGUGAAAACACUGAAGCAAGGAAACGUUCCCCGUAUCACGUUUCUAGUAAGUGGUGGGGCCUCUGCCUCAUUUACUGCCCACCUCACCCAAAGUGGCUGGUCCACCUGCCCCAAGUGGCUCUUUAGGGAUAGAAGCUGACGCAGAAGAGGUCCGGAACCGCAGUAGAGUGGCUUCUGGACAGAGCGUCUUCGAGCAGCUCUCCCAGGUGGCAGGUGUGUGCUUACACUCAGCCACUUACUGAGGGAGGGGCCUCUUCAGGAGUCUGUUUUCAGAGACUCUUGGGAUCUCUUUCAGCAAAAUGGGGGCCUAAAUUCCAGUUCUGUAGCAGACCAGUAAACUCACAGAGCUUAUUUUUCCUCUAGGAGUCUACUCAAUAAGAAAAACACAACAGGGUAAUAAAACUUUUUAAAGGAAAAAAGCAAAUUUUGUACGCUACCUAAAUCUUCCAGGUGCUCCCACUGUGUGCCUGAGGUUUGACUUCACUGGCCGGCCACAAAAUUAGAACCUUUUUAUUGUCUUGUCAAAAUGGACUUUGUGCUAAGUAAAAAAAAAAUAUAUUAUGCUGCAUAAUAAAAUUAUAGACAGCAGGAGAAGUCGACAGCUUUAGAGACACAGAAGAAAACCCCGAGAUUAUGAGUGCCAAGCAAAUACCUUAAACAUCCACAUGAAAUCCUACCCUCCCUUUGGAGACAAUUGCCUGGCCCUUUUCACUCCCCACUCAGUCUGUGUCACCACCUCUCGUCCCCAAAGCUGUUUUUUAUGUUCUUAGCAACCUGUGGUACUUUUCUAUAUUUUUUUCCCCCAGACUGUUCUGUUUUCCAGUUUCAGACAAAAACUCUCUUCAGCUUUUUCUAUUGCCCAGUGUGUCUCCUUAACAAUAACUUUAUCAUAACUCUUAACUUACUUCACGUGGAAAAACUAAUACUUGGUGUGAAAAAAAGCUGCACACAAUAAAGUUGCAUUUAUUAUCCAC